UUAUAAGCCUAGCUCCACUCCCCACAUCAAAGACUUCCUCGAUUGUUCUAUCCAAAGACUCUGCCAGGUUAUUCAAGAGAUGACAUAAGGCUGAACUCUCACAACCAUGGAAAGCUAUAAGCAUCAUCAGCAUCUACAGUACGGCAGCACACCAGAUACCAGUUUUCAAUCUUCACCCGGUCCGGCAAGAACAUCUUCAAUUCAUGAAUCGGACGUGUCCUCGCCCGAAAUGUACCAGGCAUUUCAAACAUCAUUAGGUCCACCACAACAUGGCGAUAUCAUGCAUCAUGACGACCUUUCCACUGCUCGGGUUUCUGAAAAAGAACAUACCACUCGUUCUCCAAGUACCGCUCCAGAAGUGGCCCAGGAGUUCGGUUUCUAUCAUCCGCAACCUCAAAAUCGUUCCAUGUCGCCCACAUUAUCACAGGGGAGCACAAACGUCGGCAGUCCACAGAUAGGGACGUCUGUGGGAGGCGCAGAUGACAAGGAAGUUGCACAUUAUCCGGCAACGGGAGCGCCAGAGCUUCGAAACCAAGAGAAAAGGAUUCUUGGAAUCAAGGCGAGGAUAUUCUGGAUUCUUUUAGUUAUCUUGAUCCUUGUGUUAAUCGGAUUAGGACUAGGACUUGGUCUUGGACUUGGUUUGGAAAAAGAUCACAAAUUUAAGUCACCACCGGUUGCUUCCGCUUCAGCUUCACCAACCUCGUCAGCUCCAAAGCCAACGUUUACAGGUGAUCCAAAUUAUGCGAUUGGGGGGGUAAUCGAUCCGGCGUACUACUCUAAAAAGGGCGCUUUCAAUGGAAGCGGUAUUGCUUUUGCGGGGGCAGCUUUGGAUGCAAAGAUCAAAGGGCAAUAUACUGUGUAUUAUCAGCACUAUACUGGUGAUAUUAGGUACCUUCAGCUGACGACGGAUGCGAAUCCUACAUAUGUUGGCGGAACUUCUUCCGAAGUCGUUGCGUCGAACGCGAAGAACUCAACGCCGAUUUCAGUUGUCCAGUAUGUACUGAACGCAAACACUAAUGACGCCGUUGCCGAGUGGCAUGUAUUCUUCAUUGGAAAUGACGGCUACAUCAAACAAAGAACUUGGAAGAACGAUUCCAACAUCUGGUCUGAUGGCCCUAUCACAGCACAGAAAAUUUCGAUCAUGGAUGCAGAUGCAGUUGGUCUCCAAGCUUGCUGGUAUGGGAACUUCUAUGGAGACUCACAACUAUCUGACUUCCCUGCCCCGUCAGGUUCCAACAAUAAUAUUUCAUUCUUGGCUAGAUAUGGAAUGAACCUAUGGUAUGCGAGGGACGAGAGUACCUUCGAGCAGUAUGGCAUCUAUGAGAACCAGGAAGAGUGGAAACUUCAACACACCUGGUCUGGUUUCAACGGGCACGCAGGAGUUGGAUGUUACAGCUGGCUGCCUGGAACGACCACAUAUGCAAUGCUUGUGAAUCAAUAUAACACGGUAGAGCUGUGGUGGAGGGAUACAGAUCAAAGUCUAACCCCGACGCCAGAACAUCCCAUCGAUGCGUGGACGAAUGCAACUGGGGUAGCAAUACCCAAUGUGUACCCUUCCACAUCCUUAGGCUAUACCACGUAUUUCUACGCGAUGUUGGAUGACUCAACUAUCCACGGCUAUAACAUAUCAUUCAACUCUGAAAACAGCACCAUCUUUAACGAAAUCGUGGUUUCAGAUCCAAACGGUAACCCAGUCAAGUUCUUGAACGGGACACAUAUGACCGUUAGUGCUGUAGGUGAUACUAGCGGGGGCGCAUCACUGCUUGUCUUCGCUCAGACUACAGGGAAUGAUAUUUCAUUAUAUACUAGGGAUCUCAAAGGUGGAAUUUGGACGAGUAUCCAACUGCCUGUCGAUACGGACUGAUUUGGGGCGAUUGCGCUAGCUCGAGGAUUCCACAUAUGAACAUAUAUUGUUUAAUUUUUAGUACUUUAUCG